AGUGGGGGAAGCACCUGCCUGGACCCUCACCUGCCAGCUAGCUGGGCACCCCAAUGCUAUGUGCUGCCCCCCUGGUGUUCCCCAACACCCCCAAUCCUGCCUGGUGCACCCCUUCGGUGCCUGCUUCCCCUGAUGUCUGCGUUUUAGACCCGCCGGCUGCUAUAUCCACGCAACAGAAGCAGGAGUGCCACUGGCCGCCAGAUCACUGAGGGUCCCACAAUGUAGCCUGGGCAGUGUUUUAUCGUGGGUGAGACAGCCUGAACCCCCUCCCUGGAUUCCAACACAGCUCUGCUGCGAGAACCCAGAAUCUUUCUUGGUCUGACUCCCUGCUAUGGUAUGUGCCCACCAGCCAAGCAACUCUGCUGUUUCCACCUGUGCCUGAAGGAAUUGGCUGGUGCAGCCGAGCAGGACAACUGAUGGAGUCCCCCAGGGCCCAUCGAAUAAUACUGGACUGGCUGAUCCCAUAGGGUUGGGAGCAGCACCCGCCCCUCAGUAUGGCCAACACUACUGGAGAGCCCGAAGAGGUGAGUGGCGCACUGUCCCCACCAUCGGCAUCAGCUUACGUGAAGCUGGUGCUGCUGGGACUGAUCAUGUGCGUAAGCCUGGCAGGCAAUGCCAUCCUGUCCCUGCUGGUGCUCAAGGAGCGUGCCCUGCACAAAGCUCCUUAUUACUUUCUACUGGACCUGUGCCUGGCUGACGGCAUACGCUCUGCUGUCUGCUUCCCCUUUGUGCUGGCUUCUGUGCGCCACAGCUCCUCAUGGACCUUCAGUGCGCUCAGCUGCAAGAUUGUCGCCUUUAUGGCCGUGCUCUUUUGCUUCCAUGCGGCCUUCAUGCUAUUCUGCAUCAGUGUCACCCGCUACAUGGCCAUCGCCCACCACCGCUUCUACGCUAAGCGCAUGACACUCUGGACAUGCGCAGCUGUCAUCUGCAUGGCCUGGACCCUGUCUGUGGCCAUGGCCUUCCCACCCGUCUUUGAUGUGGGCACCUACAAGUUUAUCCGUGAGGAGGACCAGUGCAUCUUUGAGCAUCGCUACUUCAAGGCCAAUGACACGCUGGGCUUCAUGCUUAUGUUGGCUGUGCUCAUGGCAGCUACACAUGCUGUCUAUGGCAAGCUCCUCCUCUUCGAGUAUCGUCACCGCAAGAUGAAGCCAGUGCAGAUGGUGCCAGCCAUCAGCCAGAACUGGACAUUCCAUGGCCCUGGGGCCACCAGCCAGGGCUGGAUCGCUGGCUUUGGCCGUGGGCCCAUGCCACCAACCCUGCUGGGUAUCAGGCAGAAUGGGCACGCAGCCAGCCGACGGCUCCUGGGCAUGGACGAGGUCAAGGGUGAAAAGCAGCUGGGCCGUAUGUUCUACGCAAUCACACUGCUCUUCUUGCUCCUCUGGUCACCAUACAUUGUGGCCUGCUACUGGCGAGUGUUUGUGAAAGCCUGUGCCGUGCCCCACCGUUACCUGGCAAUCGCUGUUUGGAUGAGUUUCGCCCAGGCUCCUGUCAACCCGAUCGUCUGCUUCCUGCUCAACAAGGACCUCAAGAAGUGCCUGAGGACUCACGCCCCCUGCUGGGGCACAGGAGGUGCCCCGGCCCCCAGAGAACCCUACUGUGUCAUGUGAAGCAAGCUGGUAGGCAGACAGGCAGGGAGAAGGUCAUGGCUACCGUGAUGGGGCCAGCAGUAAGGGAAGGGUGAGCCCCACACAGGAGCCUUUCUUUCUGAGCUCCAGCCCUAGCCCCUCGAACCACCUGGAAUCUAGGCACCUUUGCCAACACCUCCCCAGGGUUGGAGCCUGGAGUGGGAGACUGGGAAAGAGGUGUUUCUAAUUCUGUGGGGCCUGUCUUCCCCUGCCUCCUUCUCCACUUCUACGAUCUCUCUCCUUUCUUCUCUCUCUUUCUCUCUCUCUCUCUCUCUCUCUCUUUCUUCCUCUUUCUCUCAGAAGUGACAAUUCAGAAAAAGAAAACAAGACUGAAAAUGCAGGGUUUUCUACUAACAGUUGAGAAGACAGGCUUUCUUGCUUUAAUGUCUCUCCUUCUGACAUUGUCCAGAAGGCAGAAAUUUGUCCUGUAAAAUAGACUUCCAGAGCUCUUAUUGCCCCCUCUGCUCCCAUGCACCCUCCCCUCCUGGGUCCUUUAGCAAGGCCUGGAUGUUGGGGAGAAAUUCAUCUGCUUACAACAGGGACCAAAGGGGGUGCUGGGUCCCCAGGGAGCAGAGAUGUUUAAUUGCUAUGUUGUGUGCAAUGUUGUUUUAAGCUAACCCUGGUCCCAAGCCUGGUUUCUUCUCCCUUCCUACCAUGUCCAGACCUCCUAAAUGUUUCUUGAGCAGCUGUUCAAGAAGCCAGAAGCGGAGGGAGAAGGACCCCUAGGAUGGGCCCAGGCUAGGACCUGGGAUGUGAGCUGCACGCCUCAAGCUGAAGAGACCCAAGCUUGGCUGCAUUCUUUCGAGCUGCCUCCUGGAUCCCCAGCCCCCAACUCCUCUUCCUGAGGAUGGAAAUCCACUCCAGCCCCACUAAGGCUGAUGUGGGUGCCAUACAGGCAGGAGCAUUUCUCCCAGGGAAGUGUAGGGAGAGAGCCAAACUCCCCAGAGUAACUGGAUCCCAGUGCCUGGGGUCAGAGCAGAACUCAACCCCAGAAUUGUCUCCUGGGUUCACACUAUUCUAUGGAAGAUGAAAAGUUAGGGGGUGGCCUUGGUGUAACACAUAGUGGUAUAAGCUCCAAGGCACUGUGGACUUGAUCCAUUCCUAUCUGAC